GUCAUAAGAACUCAAUCCGUUGACUUACUAUGCAAAUAAUCCGUACCAUACGGCAAUUUUUGUGGCCGUGAGCCUAAUCUCAUCCUCGGUCCCCCCCUAUCUAGACUGUACAGAAGUUUCACCCAUUAGCAAUAACUCACGAAAAUGAUGUGGGUUCCAUAUGCCGGUGAGUCUGAUUAUGAGCGCACCUCCCAAACUCGAAACUAGCGCAAAUUGUCCAAGCAGGUCAACCAGAGCGGCCUUACUUAGUGCCUUAUCCUUCCACUUGGUUUAAAAAGACUAGGAAAUCUAGAGAAGAAAAUUUUGAUCGCUUUCGUCAAUAUUGACUGAGUAUACAGCAUAGAAAGCAUUACAGGACGUUUGGUUGAAGUCCACAGAGACUGAGUAUACAGCAUAGAAAGUAUUACAGGACAGGACAGCAGGGCUAUCUCAUCUCAAGGUCUCUUGGAAGAGAGCUUUGAAGCAUAAACAUGAAAAGUUGGAGGCCAUUGAAGAAGAUAACUGCAACAACUACUCUAAUCUUCUUGUUAUUGUUGUUGAUCUUCUUUGUUGCUGCGUUGGUAUCUGGAGGCUGGAUCGAUGCUUUUAUAUUUUCAGGCGCUUAUUCUAAGAAAUCAAUCACAACAACUACAAACACAAGCACACCCAAGAGACUUGAAUUCCCUCUGCAGUGUACCGAAGGAAUUAAUGUGCCACAAGGUUGUCCAAGAACCUACCCUACCACACACGACCUCGCAAAUCCUAUCCGUCCAUCCAAUCUCACAUGCCCAUCAUACUUUCGAUGGAUCCACGAAGAUCUACGACCGUGGAAAGAUACGGGAAUCACGAGGGACAUGAUAGAGCAGGCCCGCAGGACUGCACAUUUUAGGCUCUUGAUCGUGGACGACAAGGCUUACAUAGAGAAGUAUAGACAAUCCAUAGAAACUAGGGAUAUGUUUACGUUAUGGGGCAUUUUGCAGCUUCUAAGGGUGUACCCUAGUAGAUUGCCUGACUUGGAACUCAUGUUUGACUGUGAUGAUCGGCCCGUCGUCCGAUCAAAGGACUUUCAGGGCCCGAAUCUUGGCCCGCCACCGUUGUUUCGAUACUGCGCGGAUGAGGGAAGCUUGGAUAUUGUGUUCCCAGAUUGGUCUUUUUGGGGCUGGGCUGAGAUCAAUAUAAAACCAUGGAGAAGCCUAUUGCAAAGCAUAAAAGAAGGCAAUAAAAGAACAAAGUGGGAAGACAGGGUGCCCUAUGCUUACUGGAAAGGUAACCCAAAUGUGGCUCCAACCAGAAAGGACCUUCUCAAAUGCAAUGUCUCGGACAAAAAUGACUGGAACACACGCCUAUAUAUUCAGAAUUGGGAGCAAGAAUCUAAACAAGGGUACAAGGAUUCAAACCUAGAAAACCAGUGCAAGCACAGGUACAAAAUUUAUAUAGAAGGAUGGGCAUGGUCUGUAAGUGAAAAAUACAUCAUGGCAUGUGAUUCUAUGACCUUGUAUGUAAGGUCUCGCUAUCACGAUUUCUUCAUUCGAGGCAUGGAGCCAUUGCAGCACUUUUGGCCUAUUAGG